CGCCGCCGCCAUGGCGCGCGCCGCCGCCGCGGGGCAAGCCGGGAAGCCGCGCGCGCCGGGCGGGCGCUGCGCAGCCGCGCUGCGGGACGGCGGAGCCAUGGCGGGGGGGAGGCUCUGCACAAUUAGGACUAACAUCUGCAUGGCACCAGCUCUUGGGAGAUGUCUACGAAAUGGGCUCUGGACGAGGUCAUGGCAAAAGGAGGAUGCUUGCACACCCUGGUUUUUUGGUUCAUGGGAGUGUUUGCAGCCACAGAACUGGCGAGUCUGUGGUGUCAAGUGUCUUGGGAGACUGCGAGAGCCAUCGGUGCGUCUGUGCCAUUCGGCCCCUGCUGCUGUGGUCCCACAAAAGGCUGUGGGUGAGAAAACAGAAGAGUUCAAACUGGUCUACAGGUUUCCAGGGAUUAAGUACUGCCGGGUGCUGUCGCGACUGAAGCUGUUGCAGACGGCCACCACCGUGGUCAUGCUGCCUCCCAUCUGCUACCUCUAUCUGCAAGACCAGGUUUCUCAGAACAUCCUCUUGUACAGCACUGGCGUUGCGCUCUUUGCUGCUGCAAUGUUGUAUGGUAUGAGCUACUUUUUCAGACGAGUUAUUGGAUUAAUCUACUUAAGUGAAAGUGGCCGUGUUGUCAAAGUGGCCCACUUGACCUUUUGGGGAAGACGGAAUGACAUUUACUGUCCCUUGGAGACAGUGGUGACUUUGGAUGAAGUUGGAGAUAGCAAGGGGGAGCUGCUUCUCCAGUUCAAACGCUACAAUAGUACAGAUAUUUUAUAUUUUACGAUUAAAUUUGGCCAGAUUGUAGACAGACAGAAGUUUACUCAAAUAUUUGGAAAACUUGAGUGAUACAGCAGCUAAUUUCCAGUGAUUUUCUUUGCUGCAUCUUCAUUGUGCUUACUUUUCUGUGAGGUUUAAUUAGUUUACCAAACUGACAUCUGUCAUUUUUCUGUGCAAAGCCUGGUCAUAAGUGCACUCAGUGUAGAAAGUAGAAAUGGUAAAGAAUGAUCCUCUGCAUUAAAUGUCUCUGCAGUUUGUUUAAGUGUGCAGGGUGAGCAGUGUCUCUUCUGUGCUGGAUACAGUGAAGUGCAUCACCAGCAGUUCCAUGUCUGUCCUGCUUGGAACAUGCAGUAGGAUGCUGAAUUACUGAUGCUGACCCUGACCAUCUCUUAGAUUGUUUUGAAGCAGGAAGAAUUCUUGAGGUGAAAUGCAGUAACUCUGCCAGAGCAUCUUCACUUUAAAUUCAUCAUUUCUUUCAGCAAAUUUUAGGUUGUCUGGGAAGCCUCUGGACAUUAAGAUUUGUCUCAUAGAUAGGUAUGAUAAAUAAUGCUGGAUGUCAGAGAUAAAGGCUCAUGCAUUGAUGAAUAGUGAUAGCUGGGAAGAGCAGCCUGUGAUGCUGUCACAGGUGCUUCCAGGUGUGAACAUGACUGGGCAAAACCAGCAUGUGUGUUGCAGAACACACUGACAGUUCAGCUGUAAGGGUAAGUUAAAGACUGAGCAACAUUUCAGGAGCCUCUCACAGAAAUUGCUUUCCCUCUGGCGUAAAGGAGAAACAUACCUAAACUGUGAUGCUGGGAGCUACAGGGACAGUCUGUGAUCCUUUGUUCAGUUUGGAUCCUACUGAUCAUCUUAAAAUUUGGAACUGCUUGUCCUUCUUUGCAUAUAUUCAUGUUUGUGUUUGUUUUGUAUGUAUGAAUGACAUUUAAUCAAUGCUGUAACACUUGAGUUGCAAAAAACUCAGUAAAUAUUACAAAAAAUUAUCUUGGUCUCUGUGAAUUAGGCAGUCUUCUGUGAAGAUUACUAUACAAGCUAGGAAGCAAGUAAUCUGUGUCCCUUGGUGUGUUUACUGAUUUGGGCAUAUUUUAACUUCAGCUCUGUUGCUAAAUACCCUUUCCACUCCCUACUACCCCAGUCUGGGCUUACCUAAAGUAAAAAGACACUAAGAGGUGACAAUGUGUCUACUUUGUAUUCUGUUGAACUUGCAGGGUUGAACAGCGCCUCUGUCCAUGAAGUCUUACUCUGUGGUGUUUAAUUGUCAGAGAAAGUUAACCCCCUUACACUGCUCUUCUGGCUCUUGUUGCAUUUGAAACUAUAGCAAAUAAACUGACUCUCAUCAGUAGAGAA